ACGCUCCUUUCUUCACUGUGCAUUUUUCAGUGUGUUUAGAGCGAGAGCGACAGAAAAAUGAAACUCCAGCUGCCCUCGUUUAAUUUGAAUUGACACAAAUUUAGACUCAGCCUCGUUCUCACUUUGCGCAAAAGCUUUAUGAAAAUCAUAUUUGGAUGGGAGGCUUUUUAUAAGCACAUUCCAGAGGAAAUCAUGUCUUCACAUUUUAAUUAGGAGUGGGUAUCAAUAGUAAUUGAUUGCGACCUCCUCUGGGCUGGACGACAACACUAUAUGUUCAUAAAGGACCAAACAUUAUCAUUCAUCUUCUGUUUAAUAACAGUGGAAAAGUGAUCAAUACUAACAGCACAGUUAUUAGUGACCCCAGUGAGUGGAGGCUGACAGGACAGGCGUUUAGUAAGGACCUGGUCAUGCUUUGCUGCAGGGCUGAGAGGCUCUGGUUAAUGGCUUUAUUUACUUUCAGGAGAUGCAAAGAAAUUCAGUGACUGUCAGGGUCAGACACUGAGGUUUUAGUGGACGAAGCUCAUUUUUACUCGUUCUGAUUUAGGGGGAAAUGAAGUUGUUCUUAAUGUUAUGUGAAUUGUUUGGUGAGAGGACAAAGUUUCUAGAUGAGCAUUUAGUAGCUGUCCUUGCUGCUGAGCUUCUCUUUGAAGCAACAGUUAAGAUUCCUGGAUAUAAAGUCAAAGGUCAGAGAGACAAACAGCCUCACAGGACACAGAAUGACCACAAAGCAUGGGGCAAAAAAAAGACCUCAAUACACAAAAGGACCACAGAGAGUUGCAAAAAGAUACAAAACAACCAGAAGAGAUGCAAAAUGACAGCAAUCAUAGCUACUGUGUGUCUUUUUCACUGUUUUUCCUAAGCAUUUGCACACAUCAUUGCCAGCUCACCGGGAGUUUAACAUCACUCACCAGUCAAAAGCCUCUAACGUCUGGCUCCCUAACAGCCAGACUGGCACUUUAUCAGCUGUCAUGCCAAAGUCCUCCUCUGCCCCUAAUACCUAUUUGGCUGUUGUAAUUCUCCAACUGCACAGUGAAAGUGACGCUGCCCUGUUUGCACACAAAUGUGGGAUCCCUCUCCUCAGAGACAGACAAAUCUAUCUCCCAACACUAAUGGUGAGUCCUGCUGUAUCUGGGUGUUUUGAAAUGUUCUUCAUACGAGCCGUCUGGUCUCUGAGCUCGUCUGUACUACAUUUUAUUUUCUAACAUUUUUAUCCAAGCGCAAGUAAGACCUAAGCAGUUUUGUAGGGCUAUCUUUGGGUUUUGGACUUGGUUGAGCAAACCAACGUAUAAAGAAAGGCUCUGAUGAGUACUGAACAUUUUUUUGGCAUUUGAUAGAUUACAUGAGCCUUCUUUUGUUUUCCAUUUUGUAAAGAGAACAACGUUUUUCAUUUUUGAAAUGAGAAGCAAUGUUUCAAGGUAAUACUACAGUGCAGAUUAUCAUAGUCCUUUUAAAAAAUGUACAGCAGGCAACUUUUUUUUGCAACGAACGAUAUUGGAACGAAAUCUGUCAUAUCCAAACAUGCAAGAUUAGCCAUGUGUGUGGCAUCACAGGUCAUGAGUGGACCACACACACACACACACACACACACACACACAGAGACACAGAGUAGUGGACAGAUGGCAUCAGCAGCAUGUUGUUGGUGACCUCUGGUGAUCUCUGUCAACCCCCCAGGACUCAUCCAACAGCAAAGAAGUCAGGCAAACAGGUGGCAUGCAUGCAUGCAUGUUUGUGUAUGUGAGGAGAGAGGAUAGUGACAUAAAGCUAAGCCGUGCACAAUGUAGAUUGUGCCGGUCCCCAGUCUAGUAGUAGGAUGAAUAAGUUUGUCUCAAUCUGCAAAUUUUGUGACGAUAAAUGACAGAGGCGGAGAGACGCCAGGGACGGGGUUAACCAGUGGAAAACUCAAUCUGUCAACACAUAAAAAGGAGCAGUUACUGAGGAUUUUACUGUCAGCCAUAAACCUCACUGCUCCAUGAUGCACAGUAUCUGAGGUGUAAAGAAGAGCUAUGUGAAUAUGAAAUGUUGCCUUGAGCCAGCGCAGUCAUGUGAGCGCCAGCGGCCCAGGGAAAACUAUGAAGAGAAACAUGGAAAAAUAAUAUUAAAAGCCAAUAACGAAACAAUAAAGCACAGCUGCCUCAGAGGCCCUGCAUUGACAUGAGAUGCAGUAAAUGACAAUACGAGUGAGCCAGUAGUAAACAAGAUCAAGUGAUUACCACAAGGUCAAAACUCUGAAGAAAAAAUAGUUUUUAAUAUAGUAUUGUACUAGUUUAAGGAGACACCAGGCGAGUUUAAGUGUCCUUGAGUUGAAGCAUGGUGAUUAAAAAGAACUUUGUGUCAACAAAUUAUGAAUUAUUCAUUUUUAAAUGAACUUUGCAUGAAGAGGUUGUGAAAGAACAGGCUGUAAAAAAAUAAUUAGUUGACCUGACUUAAGGUCACCCAGGUAAAAGUUAGCAGACUACGCUGUCUGUGGUUAGUUGGAAACAGCAGCAGCUAGCCUGGCUCCAUUCAGUGUUAAUAAAUUCAGCUUGCCAACACCUCUAAAGCUCCAAGCUCACCAACACAUGUUUAAUAUUUAGUUUGUUUAAACUUUCUAAAACCAACAACUCACUUUUUUGAAGACUUGUUGGUAACUUCCUCGAGUCUUCUUUCUUUGCCAGUCUAAUAAGUCCAGGACAUACCAGUUAAUUGCUUCAUUAUAAAAGCUGUAGUGAAAAGCAUUUAGUGCCUCCUCCAUGCUGCUGUUCAGUUUCUCUUCUAAUCUACCAGUCUUUUCUAAUCUGCUUUAUUGUGUUCAGUGAAAUCCUCAGUGAUGCACACAGCUGUGAGCGCCGUUGGCUUAAAUUAACAAGGUUAGAUAAUGCCACCGUAUGGCCAGUGGGAACCUGAAGUGUUUAGGCAAUGGACCCAGUGAGUGAGCAAGAGAAAAAACUAAGAUGUUGGUUCUAAGCUCCUCACAGCCUCUUGUAAUUAGAGGAUGGGAGUUAGCUGGGGAGAGGAAGAGAACGAAGCAGGUCAGUGUGGGCCAUGUGUUCAGGGAGGAGGCGAAAGGAUGUUGUAGCCCAGAACUGUUCACUUUGUUGUUUUGAGUUAAAGGUUCUCGGUGGAGUGGGGUUGUGUGAUGGACAGCAGGCGGCAACACAGUUAAUUUUAACAUGUUUUUAAAUUGAAUGUUGAAUGAUAAUUCAACUACAUUUGGAUGUAAUAAAAGCUAUGUCUCUUGUGAAAAUGAAUGCAUUUGAGAGAUAGGCUCAGCCCCACAUCUGGUCACAAACAUAUGAGCGUUUAUUUCUUUGCUGCGAAUUGUUUUGCUAGAUAUCCUGCUGAUAGAGGAACAGACAAACGAGCAUGUGGUUAGCUGAAGCUGUAUGAAUCAUUUGGCUUAGCAAAAUGUGUUUCUCCCUGAUAAUGUGUAUAAUGGAUUUUUUUUUAAAGUGCUACUUGUCAAUAUGCUGCUGAGUGAAAGGACAGACAAGCUGGUGGUGGUGUGGCAUUAAACGGAAUCAAUCAGCGACUAUUAUUAUUGAUGAUCACUGAUGGAGAGAGAUGAGUCAUGUCACGCUCUAGCGAUGAUCCCCCAUGGAUGUGUAGUCGUUUGUUGAAUUUGUUGUUAACUCUAAUAAGCAUAUUUCCCAAAUUGUCUCACUGCUCCUUUAAAAUGAUAUAUAUUUUAACUAAAAAAGAAGAGAUGCAGAUGAUUUAUGGAUCUGCUUUUGCUCUGGUACAUUGUAUGGAAAGUCAUUUUCACAGGUUUGUAAUAAUGACAUGACUACAGCAACAUGGAACAGGCAGUCGGUUAUAAUGUGUAACAGCACAUUGCAGAGCAGCUUAAACAGGUUGUUUUCCCACUGCCAUUAUGCAGACUGAGGCACAAUUAAAUGCAUUACACUGUAAGCGUUUUAGCUCCGAGCUUUAUGAAUACUUGUCGCCAGCUAAACAAAGACCUGUUUGUGCUGUGCUGUCCAUUUUAAUUGCCACUUGGGCACCAUCCUGUUUUCAGUCAGCGUUUUCUCAAACUAGCAGUUUUCUUGGAAGCUGGUAUGUUUUCCCCAGGCCAGUGGGGGGAAUAUGACAAUAAAGUGACCAACCAUGAUGAAUAAUUAAGGCUUGGUAACUUGGUGGGCUGCCAACAUCCCCAUCAGGUGACGAACAAUGAGCCAGGUUGAGUGACCUGCUUUGGAAAUUAGAUGAAUGAGGUGGGUAACUGUUCUCAUGAAUGCCACAAGUAGAAGGCGUGUGUGUAGGAUAAGUAUACAUGCACACACACUGCUGUAUGUUCAACUGGCAUUUUAUAACCACAGGCUCCCGCUGCGUUGGUGGGGGUAGAGCAGGUGGGCUGGCAGAACACACCCGAUGUGCUGCUGCAGGGCCUGUUCAUUAGAAUCUGUAUGAUGAUCUAACCAGUGCACAGAGACUUGAUACUGUCUUAAGAAGUGUUCCCUUAUGCUUUAAAUUGUAGUGAUACACCGAAUGAUGUAAUGCCAGAAACUGUUCAUGCUCAGUUUAAACCACGGGCAGCGUUGUCCUCUUUCAUUUGUCUCUGACAGUAACAUGUUUUCUGUUAAUGUCUUUGAAAUAACUUGAGGCUUGGCUCUAUUUCUGAUUUAUUAAUCAGCUUUUUCAAUGAACCUAUAAAAUCUCCUAAGACCACAUCUGGCUUGUUUUGUCCAGCCAACAAUAUUUAAUUUUCAAUAAUUAAAAAAAAAGAAAAGCAAUAAAUCCUCAAGUUUGGAAGCUGAAACUGGAGAAAGUUUAUCACUUUGGCUGGAUAAAUUGUCUGUGUGUACCUACCUACAUGUAUGUUAUAAAUACAAAUUUAUAUAUAAAUAUGUAUUGCUGUACUUAGCAUGCCCACUUUGAUUAUCAGAAAAGCUAUUAAUAAAUGAUCAACCCUUUUGCCCAGGUUUCCUGUUCAUUGAUUAUUUGGACCAAUCUUAGCCGUAGUCAAUCAAUCAUAAACUUCACUGCGAAGUAUGUUAAAACACAAGAAAUUUGACUCCAGCUCAAAUGCCCCCGAUGUGCACCAAAUAAAACAGAAAAAAACUGAAUAACAAGUAAGAAACAGGAAGACAAACAACCAUUUAUUUCUAAAUAUGUACAUAUAUACAAAUUAAAUAUGAGCUAUUUUAUGUACAAUUAUUACAAUGAUUACAAAAUCACGUUGCAUCUGUUGCCCGUGGUGACCAACAAUGAUGGCUUAUUAAUCCUGAUGCGUCCCUAGAGUGCCCAGCAAGUGUACGCUUUUAGUAGAGCUUUGUAAGUAACCCCAUGUCUUUACUAGGUAGUAAGAAAUCUGAGCUGUGACUGACAAACCACAUAAUUGAUUUUGGAUUCUGAGAUCCUGCUGGGAGAAAAAAAAAAUCUCUGAACAAAAUUUGAAAGACGUGACAAGUCAAAUAUAGUUUAAAUUAUCUCUGAGAUAAGCAUCUCUGUACACAGAGGGAAUCGCUGUAAUAUAGUGUUGCCAUGGUGACAAACAAGAUGGGUGUCCUGUUCUCUAGAAAAUUAUAAGCAUAACUAAAACUCUAACCACUUGGAAACACGAAACCUUAUAUAAUGUUAACUGAACAUUAUAACGGUGAACUGUCUGACCUAAAUACUGCCAUUUUAUUCCUGCAGUUUCCAUUUAAAAGCAUCUGCAGCCAUCAUAAACUCAAGAGCUGCGACCAAAUUACUGGAGCUAACAGCAAAUUCUGUCCUCUGAGCUAACGAGCAGGUUCCUCCUUGAGAUAAUGAACAUUUUGCUUACAGUUUAGGCACAAAAGCUCUGUCAUCACGUGUUGUUUUCUACUCCACUGCUUUACUUAGAAUUCUAUUACCUGACCUCACGUUCCUCUAGUGUGACAGGCACAUAGUUGGAAAUGAAAUGAAUGCUUUGUGCCUUCAGUAAUGAGAGCAGCUAUUAAUUAUAUUGAAAGUCUAUCACUGUCGAAGAAUGGCUGCUUGGCUGAUAUAUUUACAUGUCAGUGAUGGCAUCACACAAGCUCAGAUUCUAAUUUUUUGUGACAGUUCCUAACUUUUUAAUGUGCCUACCAGCAUGGAAAAGAUUUAAAUAUCCGUUAAAAUAUGUCUCAAAUUCAAUCCUGUAGUUUUACAUUAAUUAUAUAAUCCAGUGAAACAAAAAAUUAAGGAUCAUGAAGAUUAAAUUGUAAAGGUGAUCACCAAUUCUAAGAAACGUUAAUGAAUACAUUUAUGUAUUAAUAUUAAUGCAUGUUGUCAAAUGUAGUUGUUUUUGGCUUCCAGUUCAGUGUCUGUCAUUUUUUUUCCCAGCAUACAUCAGGAACAUAAGGAAAGCUAGGAGAGACUUUGAGACAACUCACCGGCUCUGUUUUCCCUCCCUCCUUGUCCCCUCCUCUCUCCGCACCCUUGUGCCUCCUCUGAAUGAUUGAAGCCAUGCCCAUUGUGUCUCCAAGCACAGGGCUGCAUGAGACUCUGGCCCUUCUUACCUCUCGGCUGCACCCUGAUGCCGACCAGGAGGAGGACUUGGUCUUCCUCAGAGACGUCUUCAGUGAGAAAGGCCUUGGUUACCUCAUGAAGAUCCAUGAGAAACUAAAACAGUAUGAGAAACAGAGCCCAACUCCAGUUCUUCACAGCGCCUCCUGUCUGGCAGAAGAUCUGGCAGAGGAGCUUCAGAAUGGACCAAUGGAGGAGGAUGAGAGAGAACUGCUGCUCCUGCUGAGUGCUCCUCACCUCAAGGCAGUGCUGUCAGCUCACGACACAGUGGCUCAAAAGAACUUUGACCCGGUGUUGCCGCCACUGCCGGAGGAUCUGGAUGACGACCUGGAGGAGGAGUCGGUGAAGAUUGUCCGCCUGGUGAAGAACAAGGAACCACUGGGGGCGACUAUUCGGCGAAAUGAGGCGACAGGAGCUGUAAUCGUGGCCAGAAUCAUGAGGGGAGGGGCAGCUGAUCGCAGUGGUCUGGUGCAUGUGGGGGAUGAGCUCCGAGAGGUUAAUGGAAAUCUGAUAACCCACAAAAGGCCAGAUGAAAUCAGUCAGAUUCUGUCCCAGUCACAGGACUCCAUCACCCUGAAAAUCAUCCCAGCUGUUGUUGAAGAAGACAAACUGAAGGAAAGCAAGGUCUACCUUCGGGCUUUGUUUGACUACACGCCCUUUGAGGACAAGGCCACGCCAUGCCAAGAGGCAGGACUUCCUUUCAAAAGGGGGGACAUUCUUCAGGUAGUGAGCCAGGAGGACUCCACCUGGUGGCAGGCCAAGAGGGUGGGUGACUCUAACCUACGCGCCGCCCUCAUCCCCUCCAUACAGUUCCAGGAGAGACGCCUGAGAUACAGGAUGAAAAUGGGUUCCUUCCCUACUUCUGUGUCAAUCAAAGCUCCUACAUAUGAUCGUGCUGAGAAAGAAGACUGUCAAAGUGCUCUGAAUGGAAAGGAUAUAGUUUCUCCCAAGAGUAAGGCAGCACCUGCCUUCUGUGGCCAUGCUUUCUCAUGGGAUUUUUACUCAGCCAGCCUGCGCAGAAAUUUGCGUCCCAGGAAAGAUCGCCAGGGAUCACCAGAGGAACCGCAAAAUCCAGAUGCCAGUCGCACAGACUUUCUGAUUUAUGAAGAAGUGGCACAGUAUCUGCCGUGCCCUGGUGAGAGGCCUCGCCUCAUAGUAAUGAUAGGUUCCCUGGGAGCUCGUGUCACUGAGCUCAAACAGAAGGUAAUCACUGAGAAUCCUCGACGAUAUGGUUUGGCUGUGCCUCACACCACUCGAGCCAGGAAGUGUCAUGAGAGAGAAGGAGUGGAGUACCACUUCAUCACUAGGGAAGCUUUCGAGGCCGAUAUCCAGAAUGGCAAGUUUAUUGAAUAUGGGGAGUAUAAGGAUAAUCUGUAUGGCACCAGUCUAGAAUCCAUUCACCAGGUUUUGGAUCAAAACAAAGUCUGUCUAGUGGAUGUGCAACCAGAGGUACGUCAGUUGCAGCAUCUUAACUGAUGUACCUGAACAACCAGCUGGAACACCUGAUAUUUA